AUGAGUAACAACGACCCAGAGAGGUGCUACAAAUGCAACGAAAAAGGACAUUUUGCUAGGAAUUGCCCUACCCAAAUUCAGGAGGCCGGCCGACGAGGAGCUGGAGGAGAUUGUUUUAAUUGCGGACAGUCGGGACAUUUUGCACGAGAGUGCCCGAACCAGCGUGGUGGUGGACGCUAUUACGGUGGACGCGGUGGUGGACGUUCUGGUCAGAGUGAAUGUUACCAGUGUGGUGGUUUUGGGCAUUUUGCUCGAGAGUGUCCUACAGAACGUCGCGUUGGUGCUGCUGGUGGUGGGAAUCAGAAGUGUUAUAACUGUGGCAGAUUUGGUCACAUUUCACGUGAUUGCCCGGAUUCUGGUUCAGAUCAGUCGAAACGGUGUUAUAAUUGUCAACAAAUAGGGCAUAUCAGUCGUGAAUGUCCGCGUAGUGACCGCAGUGAUUAA